GUCAGAAACGCUUUUUGCAUUAUUAAAUGAGUGGUUCAGUCUCGGAUAGGUCAGUGACAGUGAAGGGCGCUAGAGAGUCGGUCCGGGCGGAACCGGACACUGUGUGUCGCUCGGGUUCCGGUCAGGAUCGGUCCAGUAAACCCGAAUAACCAUGGCGUCCGCCGGUCCACCCGACACGGGCUUAUCCGCCCCUCCAGAUCUGAGGACUCCUUUUUGGAGGCUGUUGGCCUCACGGAGAGGGUCCAGCGGAAUUCGAAAGAUGACAUUGACGGAGGGGCCGGGAUCAUCUCAGAGUAUGAAGAAGACUAUUGGUCACAGAGGAGUUGACCCCACUGGAGAAACAACUUACAAAAAGACGACUUCCUCCGCCCUCAAAGGUGCCAUCCAGCUGGGAAUCACACACACGGUGGGCAGCCUCAGUCAGAAAGCAGAGAGAGACGUUCUCAUGCAGGACUUCUAUGUAGUGGAGAGCAUCUUCUUCCCGAGUGAAGGAAGUAAUUUGACUCCAGCACACCACCACGGUGACUUCAGGUUUAAGACCUACGCCCCCAUCGCCUUCCGUUAUUUCAGGGAACUCUUCGGCAUUCGACCUGACGAUUAUCUGUACUCUCUGUGCAACGAUCCUUUGAUUGAACUGUCCAACCCUGGAGCGAGUGGAUCGAUAUUUUAUGUGACAAGCGAUGAUGAGUUCAUUAUUAAAACAGUGCAGCACAAAGAGGCAGAGUUCCUGCAGAAGCUACUGCCGGGCUACUUCAUGAAUCUGAAUCAGAACAAGAGAACGCUGCUCCCCAAGUUUUACGGCUUGUAUUGCGUGCAGGCGGGCGGAAAGAACAUCCGGAUUGUUGCAAUGAAUAACCUGUUGCCCCGUAGUGUGCCUAUGCACCUCAAAUAUGACCUGAAGGGCUCCACAUGCAAGCGCCGUGCCUCCCCCAAAGAGAGAGAGAAGAGCGUCCCCACUUACAAAGAUCUGGAUUUCAUCCAGGAUAUGCCCGAGGGCAUCCAGCUCGAACCAGACAACUACAACGCCCUCUCCAAAACCAUCCAGCGGGACUGCCUGCUGCUGCAAAGCUUUAAGAUCAUGGACUACAGUCUUUUGGUGGGAAUCCAUAACUCCGAUCAGGCGUCCCGUGAGCAGCGAGCAGGGGCAGUAGAGGCCGGGGGGUCCGAGGGGGCCGUGACGCCGGACCACAGGAGGCCACAGGCUCAGAAAGCUCUCUACAGCACCGCUAUGGAGGCCAUACAGGGAGAGGCCAAAGGGAAAGGAACCCUGGAAACAGAGGACCAAUGGGGAGGAAUCCCUGCACGCAACAGUAAAGGAGAGAGAAUACUGAUUUACAUUGGGAUCAUCGACAUAUUACAGUCAUACAGAUUUAUUAAAAAAAUAGAGCAUUCCUGGAAGGCCUUGGUUCACGAUGGGGACACGGUCUCUGUACAUCGCCCCGGAUUCUAUGCAGAGCGCUUCCAGCGUUUCAUGUGCAGUACAGUUUUUAAGAAAACACUGAAAUCAUCCCCCUCAAAGAAGAGCCGAAGUGGCUGUUCGAGUUUUGUGAGACGGCUUCCGAUGGGAAGCUCUGCUUCUGCUUCUGCUCCCAGUGGACAGACAGUUGCUGACGCCAGACUCCUGUACCGUACUCAUCCUCACCAGACCGACUCCGAAGGAGAGAGUGGCAUGCACCUGGGCAGACCCGACCUGCUCCCAAAUCCUUUGGCUGGAAGCUCCAGUGAAUUUGGGGCAACAGAUCUGCCAAACUCUUCACCUGGCAGCACAGGAAUGACAUCGUCUUCACCUCCUCAAAGGUCUGUAGGGGUGGAGGUGCACAAAUCUGCAGUCGCUGAGCCUGACAGCAGCGGCCCUCUGAGCUCUGGAGCCGAAUGCUUAGAUGAACAGUUGAGCAACAAAGAUGCCAUUUCACUCAAAGACAUCAUCCCAGAAACUGACAUUUGAUUUGUACAUUUUAAAUGAACAAAUGUAACGAAAAUAUUUUCAUUCUGAACCCCAAAUGUUUUUUUCAGCAAGAGCAGAACUCUUACUGGUGACACAGGAGCCGAGCAUCUAAACAAGUGAUGGACACAGAACCUCAGAAGAGAUGAGGGUCGGUAUGAUGGGGAUUUUCCCUCAGUGGGAGCUUCAGAACUCCAGGGCCAGAACACAAUGAAGUAUGUUUUAAAAGUGAGUGAGAGACAGAGGGAAUGAAGAAAAGCUACCGAGCGAGGAGUUUUGCCUGCUUUUUCCUCUUCUGUCGCACAGGAAGUGCUGCUAAAACCAGAUUUAACCAGAAAAUGCUUGGAAAAGUGAUGUUAGCAUCUCAGUCACACUCUUUACUCCCUUUGUUUGCUCUUAAACGUUUAAAACAGAGCAAGCAGGAUGCAAAACCUUAUUUAGUUUCCUCUGCCUAGCUAGAGGACGUUACACAGUUGGCACCACUUUAUAGUAUCGUUGGAGGCUAUGUUGCAUAGAUCUUUAUUUAUAUAGGUCUUUAAACCUAUUAAAUCUCUCUGAACUGGUGUGAUGAGGACUAAUGGCUGCUGGCGCUCCAGUAUACUUCUCUCAGAAGGUGAGCGUGUGUGGCAGAGAUAAGCAAUCAAGAUCUAGUUCUCAGUGGCUUCUGUAUAUACAUAUAUGAAGGUUAAUUUUGUUACGACUUUUUUUUUUUUUUUUUGUAAGUAAAUCUGAUGAUCUCAUUUGUGGGUUUUCCCAGCUCUUUCUGUGUUGAGACGGCAUGUGCCAUAAGAACGACAAAAAUAUGGGGGGAAAGAAAUGACCAAAAAUGAUUCCAAAAGUAACUGUUAAAAAGUAAAUGCAUUUGAAUGUUACAGAUAGGUGUACUACACCUCCUCUGAGGUGCCACUAAUUUUUAAUAUCAAGGUUGAGAAAUGCACGGACCUGCUUCCAUGCCAUAUUCUCUCAUAUUGUUACUGCACAUAUUGCUGCCAUGCCAAGGGCCCUCUAAUAUUUUGUAUAUAGUUCUGUAAAUAUUCAUUCUGUGUUCCUGUACGUUAUAAAACGUUACUAAUCUGCUCUUUUGGCACAGCAGGUAUUAUCUUUUAACUAACAUAUCAAUGACGUCUUCCGAUCAUCUGCCUUAAUGCAGCCAUAAAAAUUCCAUGGGCUCCAGACUCUUGCUCAAGUCAUUUCAGAUCUACCGGUUACAGAUGAUUUUGUGACACAAUGCAUGUUUUGUAAGUCUUUUUACUGGCCCUUUCAUACAAACCUAAGCAUUUUCUAGCAUUAUACACAAUCAUAGUGUGUAGACAAGACUGAAGCAGUCUGAAUUAAAGGAAUGUAAGCUGAAUUUAUAUUCGAACAGGAUGUUUUGUCGAUCUUAAGAUCAUUCAUAGCUGAUUUCCAAAUUCCAGUUUUCCUUGAUUUCCAAGGACGUCAAAUCCUGUACAGCCAUGAAGAUGUUCUCUGGAACAGUUGUACUUUAAGACUCACCCUGAGAUUAAAUAAUCUUAGUAAAGAUUAAAAGAAUGAAAGAAAUAGACACUAGUGGACUUUACCAGGGCACAUGUGAACAAUUUUUCUAACAGAAGAGCCUUUGGCUCAGUAAAAGCUCUCAGUGAAUCUGCCUUUCUAUUUUCGCUUCCAUUUGACUCAUAAUGUUUAACAGAGGAAAUGGUUUUUAAUGGAUCUAUCAUUUGAAAGGGAUUACUUACAGUUUCUCUUAAUAGUCAGAGCUGAUUUCAGGCUUGGAGACCUGUGUUAAACACAGAUCUGAGACUGACAUUGCAGUCUUGAAGUAUUUAGAAUAAGGGCUGACUGUAGUCUUGAACAGUUUUGUGUUGUCCCAAAUGAAACUGCUCUUAAAAUCAUGCAGGUUUGGGACUGAAGUGAUGUUUUCCCAAGGAUUUGAUUUUUGCAGACCUGAAGAAAAUGCAGAUAGAAUAUGAACAGGAAGUACAUUGACAGUCUUUCACAAGACUGUGUUGAAGAAAUGUUCUCUAAACCUUCAGUGGAUGCAGUAGUUAUGUUGUUUUUGAUAUUUUUUAAUGUUUGAUCAAAAUGUAAUUAGCAUGCCUGUGGACAUAAGUUUUGUGUAAAUUUUUGCUUUGUGUUUUAUUUUAUUUUUUGCUCUUUUGAUUUGAAUCCUUUCAGUGACUUUUUCAAGUCAUUGUCAAAUGUUACACAUUAAAUCAUGUUACAGAACAUUUUGAUAAUGCACCUUAAUGUUGCUAAUGUUGCUAACAAUCUAAUAUCUCUGAAAACUAGAUCUAAACUCACAGUUUGUCCUCUGCAGAUAACACACAUCUCCUUUGGCAUUAAUAUAAAAAUCAAAUAUAAGCAGUUUGCUAUUUUGCUGGCUUUUUUGUGUCAUAUAUUGUAGGGUUUUAAUGCUAUUUCUAAACUUUAAUAAUUAUGUGAUUAUUGGUGAAUGUCGAAAGAUACCUAUAUUCAUAUUUACACUCCUGAGACCUACAGUACAGUCAGAUUAACAGUGCCCUGAUUCACAUUUUUACAUUUUAUAGUCAAUUUCUAUCCCCUUUCAGUUCAAAGAUAUUGGGUCAAAAAUAAUGGAACUAAGUUACUUUCAUAAAGUCUUGCACACAAGACUUUAUGAAAAAGUCUUCAUUCUUCUGAAUAUUCAUGUUCCAUGAAAUCUUUGUUCAGCUCUCAGUGGCUUAAUUUCACAGUUGGCUUGUGGGGUAGGUUUCUGGAAUCACAGAUUUUUUUUUUUUGGUCUUCACAAUUUAAGUCUCACUAAUUUCUGCUUCUGUUUGUGGGUUUUAUUGCAAAAACACAACAAUUACUACCUUUUUUUGAUUAACACACAGUACUUUUUAAUCUAUUAUUAUUAUGUGCUAGAAUGACGUUCUGUGCCUCUAAAAUCACACUAAAAUAUCUUAACCUCUUGACUUUAAUAUUCCAAAUGUGAAUCUUUGGUCUGGAAAUACAAAUGAAAUAAAAAUGAAAGUAAAAUUGUCAGUCAAACAGAGACAGCUAUUUUUCAUAUGCUUUGUCCAGUGUUUGUAUUCAUACAUGUUUUUUGCACCACAGACACAUCAGCCGUGCACAGUGCACACCAGUUUAAAUGCUGGCAACCUGGACAUUAAACAGACAACCUACCUAAUGAAAUAUGAACGUUUCUGCAUGUAUGUCAGUGAUUGUAUUUAUUAAGAAAUGUCUUGUUUCUCUUCUAAUCUUUUUAUUUUAUUUUAUUUGUAUUUUUUUUUAGCCCUCUAUGAAUUUUGGAUUCUGUAUAGAUGAUUGUAUGUAUUGUGUAAUCUGGCAAAAAGCCGUGUCUGUGAUCUAAGUAUAUGUAUUUUAUUUCGGGUUGGAGGGAAGUUCUUGACAAUAUAAAUAUAUAUAUAUAUUUUUUUUUUGUAUUUUAUGUGUUUAGGGUAUCUCUAAUGGUAAAUAUUCCAAUUCGUUGUAAUCUGUUAAAGCUUUUCCUCAGCUUUUCUACAUUUGAAUGUAUGCCGUGUCAGGGACAAUGACUGACAACUGGAAGUGCUUCGAGGACUAUAUUUUUACCAGGCCUGUAUAAAACGUGUUUAUAAUAUGUAAGCAAGUCACAGAAAUGCCUUUUUCUUGUGUGGUGUUUGCAGCAUGUUUCUCCAACCAUCUUUCAUUAAUGUGGUGAUGCCGUUUUUUCACAUUGUCUUUCCUGUUUAAAAAGAAUAAAAUAUUUUCUAAACCAUUA